AUGGGAAUAAAGGAAAUUUUCCAUUUUGCUCGAUUGCCCUCCAUCAUCUUGCUGGGGUUGGUGUAUGUGUUCUACGUGCUUAUCGGCGGGGUGGUGUUUUGGAAGCUGGAAGGAGAUCUUGAACAGAAGGACAUCAGUGUUUUGUUGAUGCGCAAACAAAAGUUGUUGUCAACGUACGCAUGUCUGGACCAAGACAGCCUUGAGAAAGUGGCUCAGGUGCUUAACAGCGCGUCCAAAGUGGGUUUGAGUUUAAAAGGCAACAGCUCCACGGACGGAUUCUGGAAAUUCACCAGCUCAGCUGUGUUCGCUGCCACCGUGGUCACCACCAUAGGUUAUGGAAACAUGAGUCCCAGCUCCACAGCUGGUCAGAUCUUCUGUGUGUUCUUUGCCCUUUUUGGCAUCCCGCUCAAUAUGGUGGUGCUCAACAGGGUGGGCAAAUACAUGCUAGUUACGGAGAGGAACAUCUCCAACUUCCUGGAGGGGAAAACUGGCAGACGGACGUGUACAUGCUUCUUGGUCCACCUGGUGUCUUACCUAUGUGGAACGCUCUUCUUCUUAAUCGUCCCCAUGAUCGUGUUCCAGUUCCGCGAAGGUUGGACCUACUCACAGGCUAUCUACUACUGCUUCAUCACCCUCAGCACCAUCGGCUUCGGAGACUUUGUGGCCGACAACAACCCGGACAAAGUGUACCCCGAGUGGUACAGCAUCUUCAUGGCCUCAUGGAUCUUCUUCGGCCUGGCCUGGCUGGCGCUCAUCAUCAACCACUCCAUUGACAUGCUGGAGGGCCUCAACAUGCACCUCAAGCGGUGGUGGGGGGGCAGCAAGCAGGAGGAGGAAGAUUGUGUGGGGACCCACAACCCUGACACACAGCUGGAGGAGGAAAAAGAGGUCAACCGGCCGCCUUUAAAGCAGUAAAGUGCGCCAAAAGUCGAUUUGAGAUAUUUCUAAAGUUUGGAAAGCUAUAUUAGUUGAACAUAACCACCUGCUGUUGCUAUUUAUUAUAAACACACUAAAUAUACUGUACAUUACAUUUUUUAUUUAUUCACUUCC